AUGAGCAGCCGCGACAAGUUCACGACUCCAGUGGCUUCGACAAGCAGGCUGCUGUCGUCGACUCUGCGCAGCAGUGCAAUCAAACGCGACUCCCUCGCGGCGGAGCUUGAGCGAGAUCCACAGCUUUCGACCGCCAAGCGACAGCAGCGCACGCAGGCCUUUUCAACUCACAUGUCCCAAGCGUCGCUGGAGAGGCAGCUCGCGACAGCAAAGGCGGCGAAACUCGAGCUCGAGUCAAAGGUCCGCGAGAAAGAACUUGUCAUCGAGCGGCUCGAAGGAGACCGGAGGUGGCUUGCGGAACGCGAGAAGGAGGAGAGGGAAGAGAAAGAACGCGAGCGAGAGGAACAUCAGGAGUACAAGCGGAAAGCAGAUGGAGAGCUCAAGACGCUGCGUGCCUCACUGCAGACGCUUCGGGAGCAACAUGUCGAUCUCGAGGAGGAGCAUUCAUCGCUCGCGCGGACCACGUCCCAGACCAUCAACACGCAGAAGUCGCGUAUAUCUAUGCUAAGCGGCCAGGUCUCGUUGCUCGAGUACGAAGUCGCAGAGUUUCGGCGGCUCGCCGAGGACCGCGCACGCGCAUUUGAGGAGCUUCAGGCCCAGUUCGACGACUUGGGCGCGUCUCAAAGCAGCUUUGUCCAGAACGGCGCUCAAGACGAGGACUGGACAGUCCUUCGCGAGGAACUGCAUCGGCAAGCCAAGUACAUGCGCCAACUCGAGACCGCAAACACGAAGAUGACAAUUGAGCUGAACGGCCUGCGCGAGAAGCAGACGAGCGUCGAAGUCUUGAAGGAGCAGAAGCGCGAGCUCGAGCGCAAGGUUCGCGGCGCAGAGGAGAUGCGCGAUAGGGUGGUGAAGCUCGAGGCCGAGCUUGACGCCGCGAGGAAGGAGAGGGAAGAAUGGGCUUCAUCCGAACCCGCCACUCCGUCAAAGACACCUGUGUCUGUUACGCAGAGCUUGUCCACCCUUCGCCUCACCCACGCACGUCUGCUUGAGGAGCACGGAUCAAACGUCGCACUGCUACAUCAUCGCGAACAAGUGCUGGAGGCGUCUCAGACUCGCGAGGCCGAGGCACAGGACACCAUCAAGGACCUGCGCUCAGAGGUACGCACUCUGAAGGACACCGUGACGCGGAGCAACCACAAGGUUUCGCUAGCCGAGCGCGAGAUCAGUUUCUUGCAAGCGAUGGUGGCCAGUUUCAAUGCCGAGGAAGCCGCUCAUGGCGACGUGAAAUCGGAAGACGAGCGGGCGCAACCUCUCCAAGAGCUUCAGGCGUUGGUCAAGGACUACAAGGCGACCGUCGCAGAACUAGAGAAGCAACUGAAAGACGCGCGCUCUACCCCUGUCGUAGUUGAGGACAAGGAGGCCAAGCAAGAGCUUCUAGCGGAGAUCGAGCGAGAACGCGCCGCUAAGGUCGAGCUCGAGAAGCAGCUCAAGGACGUCGAAGAAGAGACCGAGAAACACUUGGAGAAGAUCGACGAGCUCGAGCAAACCCUGUUUGAACUGCGCGGCGAGAUUGGCGCGGGCCGCCACCUGCCUCCCGGCACGCGUGUGCUCUGUCUGAAGGACAACCCCGCGCAGCAGUGGGAGGACCUCAGCAAGGCCGCGAUGGAUCGCCUGAAGAGCGAGAACGAGGCGUUACUGAAACGGCUGAAAGAUCUCGAGGACAGUGGCGCAAGGAGCACCGGCGAGAACGCGACCAAAGAGGACCUCGUACCGCGCGCGAGCUACGUAGUCGUCGCGGAGGAGAAGACGAAGCUCGAGCACGAGCUCAAGCAGAAGGAGAAGUCUCUGCUCCGCCUGAAGGAGGUGUACCACUCGAAGAGCUCCGAGUUCCGCGCGGCGAUUGAGUCGAUCAUCGGUUUGAAGCUCGUGUUCUACCCGAACGGCCAGGUGCGCGUCACGUCGCUGUACGACUUGACGUCCGUGUUCGUCUUCCAGCCCAACCGCGACGGCAUGAAGAUGCAGCUGGUCGCGCAGGGCGAGGGCGGCCCCGAGGAGUUGCCGCAGCUGAAGCACUACUGGGUCGAGCAGGAGCAGUGCAUUCCCGGGUUCCUCGCGAGCAUCACGCUCGACUGCUACGAGAAGAAGAAGAUGGAGAAGGAGCGCAGACAGCUUAUCUAGAAGUCUGAAACCAUGUUCUCGUGGCUCGUAAGGGCAUUGUAU